AUGCAAACUAAUUAUGUCAUGCAAUAAAUAGCAAAUAUGUAAAUAGAAAUUGAAAUCAAAUUAUUAAUUGUAACAUUGAGAUAGGGAGUAAUAAAAAUAGCUGAGGGGGGAAAAGUGGGGGAAAGAGAAAAAAAAAAUUAAAAAUAGUUUGAAUUAGAAAAGUAAUAAUAACGUAAAUUAAUACUUUUAAUAUAAUCAAAUAUUGCUACUGAUCAUAGCAGAAAUAGACCAUUGAUUAUAACAAAAUAAAUAUAAUUAAUUGAAUCGAAAAUAAAUAAAUAGAAAUCAUAAAAAUUUAGUUUCACUAAAUUGAAUUAAACAUAAAUAAUUUUUAUCUAUUCAUUAAACAAGAAUAGCACCACAAUCAAUUUAUUAUUCCUUCACCCUUACUACAAUAUUCAAAAUACAUUGAAAUACUUAUUUGCCUUCUAAUCCUACAAAUAUAAACAAAAAAUGGGUUGCCAUACAUCUAAAUCAAAUAAACUCGAAGAUAAAAUUAACUAAAUUAUUACUAUUUAUUCUGAGAUUUUAGAUGAAAUAAGAGAAAAGAGACAGUAAUAUCUCGGUAAAUGUGGUAAUUUAGAAGAUGAUGAAGAUUUAAAUAGAAGCAACAAUAACAAUAACCUCAUAGCUGAUUUUGAUUUUUCUAAAAAGUAGACUUUCCAAACUCAGGUUUCAACUGGUGGAUUACCAAACAACUCAAUUUCUUAGAAGUCUACUACAAUGUUUGCUUCUAAAAAGUCUCUUGAAAAGGCUGAAUUACAAAGAAAAUCUACUAGGGCAGAUGUUUGGAGAUUUUCAAACCGUAAUAGUUUCGAGUAGCAAUAGGAUAAUAACAACCUAAAAGGCUUACCAAACAAAAGUAUAUUGAAAUCAGAAGACUUCACCUAAUAUAUGUUUUUCUUGAAGAACAUUAGCAACAAAUUUGAAAAAAUAAAUUAAAAAUAAUUGGAUUUAAUUGAAUCUUACUACAAUUCCGAUAAACAAGAUAUCCAAAUCGAGAUUAAGAGAUUACACAAUAAAAUUGAAAAUGCCUAAAAAAAGAAGACCUAGGUAGAAAAUUGCCUAAACAAAGUUCUUAACAAAGAGUAAUUUACUCCUCUUCCUGAUGGCUAUGUUGUUGCCAAUCAUUAUUGA